AUGGCUGGUUAUUACAGAAAGUUUUGUAAAAAUUUGGCUCACAUCACUGUACCAUUAACAAACCUUUUGAAGAAAAAUCAAAAGUUCCAAUGGUCUGAAACAUCUCAGUCUGCUUUUGAAAAGGUCAAAUAUUUAUUGAGCACUUACCCUGUAUUGAUGGCUUUGAGAGCCAUUUAUUCUAAAAUAGCAAUUAUCUCAGUUAUACUUCCUAGCAUUAUAUUAAGCCUGUUCUUUCACAGAUUUUGUAUGGUGUUUUUGUGCCUAGUAUUCAGCGUUUUGUCCACAAUAGAGGGUUAUGAAGAGAUUUCGGGUGCUAUUCUGCUACGAAUGGAACUUGUGAUGAUUGUGUGGUUCUCCGUCGAGUUCUUCCUCCGAUUAUGGUCUACUGGAUGCCGAUCUCACUAUCAAGGUUGGCUGGGUCGCCUUCGAUUCCUACGAAGUCCAUUUUGUGUCAUAGAUGUCAUUGUCAUCAUUGCAUCACUUGUGGUACUUUCUAUGGGGAGCAGCGAACAAGUAUUUCCUACUUCUGCCUUGAGAGGGCUUCGAUUCUUUCAGAUCCUGCGAAUGGUUCGUAUGGACAGGAGCGGUGGAACGUGGAAGCUUCUAGGUUCAGUUGUGUAUGCACAUCGUCAGGAGCUCUUCACAACUCUGUAUAUUGGCUUCUUGGGUUUGAUAUUUUCGUCGUUUUUAAUUUACCUUGCUGAGAAAGAUCAAAAGAAUACGAACUUUCAUAGUUUUGCUGACGCCCUCUGGUGGGGAGUUGUUACAUUGUGCACUGUAGGAUAUGGUGACAUGGUUCCUACUACUUGGCGUGGAAAACUGAUAGCAGCCUUCUGUGCUUUGUUAGGAAUCUCAUUCUUUGCUCUUCCAGCGGGGAUUCUUGGCUCAGGUUUCGCUUUGAAAGUGCAACAACAACAACGACAAAAGCACAUGAUAAGAAAAAGGAUACCUGCAGUCACUCUCAUCCAGUGCCUCUGGCGGUGCUACGCAGCAGACGAACAUUCUAUGUCCAUAGCUACUUGGAAAAUCCACCUGGUACCGCUACCAAGCAUGCUCCCUUUCACAUCUGGUUCCUUCACAAGUAUAAAGCGCAAAGAUAGGCUGAACUUGACCCCUGUUGGUAGAAGUCUGUUCAAACAGAACACAUCUAUUGUAAGUCGUCUCUCUACUAUCCGGCGCCAUAAGCCCAUAAUCUCCACUUGUAGCCACUGUCCAUCUCCUAUAUACCAUGCGUCAUCUGAAAUUGUUGGAACGAGGAUUAACACUAACGUUAGCGAAGAUAGUGUCUCUAAAACAGUCAACAUAGCAAAACGGAGUUCUAAAGAAGAAGAUAUAGAAGAACCAAAGCUCACUGUUUUGACAAAACAGCAUAAAUCAGCUAUCAGAGCUGUACGAAAGAUAAAAUACUUCGUUGCAAGGAGGAAGUUCAAGGAGGCUUUGAAACCUUACGAUGUCAAAGAUGUAAUUGAACAAUACUCAUCUAGUCACGUGGACCUUUUGGGCAGAGUUAAAAACGUACAGGGAAGGUUAGACCUAAUUCUAGGAAAAUCAAGCUCAACAGGAAAAGAUGUAUAUCAGCCUAUAAUCAGUUUAGCUUCCAGAAUAGUGAAAGUAGAGAGAUCGAUUGAAGAUAUCGAGAAUAAAUUAGACCAGUUCGUGGAAAUGUACUUAAAAGACAGAGGGCGUUGGAUUUCAACUGUGACACUCAACAACUUCUCGCCCUCACUAUCACACUCCACAAUGACUUUAGCAACCACUAAAAUUCCCACCUCCCGCAUUAACCUUUCAUUCUACCCACAGUCCCGAAAUUAAUUUAUAACUUUACAGAAAAACAGCCGAGUGAACCAAACAUCCCUGUAAUAAAGAACAUAAUUGGGCCCAUGCAGCGUGGAAAUUCAGACUUGAGUCAGAGGCUGAAAAAGCGUGUUGCUUUGUGUCAUUCUCUCGACACGAGCAUAAUUGUAGCUGGAAAGUCGCAGAGAUCAACUGACAUUGACUCGUUUUUAGCGUUGUGUUCUAGUAUAAGAGUUAAUUCAGAAAAGAUUCUCAGAGUACACUAUUAUCAUGGAUAGAUUCGGUAAGGACUAUAUAUCCUCCUAGGUUAGUAGAAGUUGAAUCUCCAGCAGCGACCGAGGGAGAUAUCGAUUCUUGUCUUGAGGAUACGAAGUUAGAGAUAUCUUAAAGCCAGAAGAAAAUGAGAAAGCCAACUCCGACUGUCACACCAAUACUACUACAGCUGUCUUACUUUAAAAGGGGUUUCAAUGGGUCAACAGGUACGAUAUUUGAAAGCGUAACUUGAAGGCGACUUCUUGUGGUAUUCUUAGAAACAUCAUUCUUUUAGGAAGAAUUUCUAGAUGUGUACAUACAAACAUUUACAUCUUGCUCCAAAUAUGAUGGCAGCAUAGAUAUCACAAUAUCUUUUUAGAAUAUAUCAAAUAAAGAAACAAUUGCGAGAAACGAAACUCAGCACGACUGUGUUGUUUUGCCAUGUUCUCUGGAACUUUACUUUAAAGUAUGUACACACAGAUACUUAUUCCAUUAAUAACACAUUUUCAUUCAGAUUUCAUUUCAUCCACUCACCUUGCACCCGUGAUUGGCUUUUUUUGUGGUCAAAGUAAUCAUCGACGAUCUAGAGCUGAAGUUGUCAUUAUCAACAAAACUGCAGAAUCUCAGGGAUAUUUAGCAUGUUCGACACAUUUUUAACGAUCUUAGUAAUUUACUAGAGCUAUAACACACAAGCUUGAUAUAUAUUUCUAUACAAGUAACAUUAGAAUAUCUUUACUUUCUGGAAUGUAGGGGUGAUCUGUUUUCUUCGGAAAUGUGAACAUUAUUCUCUCAGUACUUAGGUGAUAAACUAGAUAAUGAUAUUAUGAAACUUUAGUCUAUGUAAUUUAUAUUUUUGCAUCAAAAUAAUGUAUUAGUAAUUCAGUUGAGAUUCUGUAUAUUGCUAGCACUGUUACCAUUAUGUGUUGAUUGUCUUUAGAGAGGUUUUAUUUUGAUAUGAUCUGUAACCUAAAAAUGUGAAUGGCUAUUGUUCUUUCAUUUAAUCACAGUUGACUUUCCCUUAUACAAAAAGGCUGAUAACCUUGUUUUUUUUCAUUAAUUACUUUAGAGCUGAAAUUUUAUUCCUAGAAAAAAUAAAAGUAUAGAUAUGUAUUAGAGAAAUACUGUGAAUGCAGUAAACAAUUCAUGCUAACCUCACAGAUGCCUUAUUCUAUAGCAAAUGAAAACAUUUUGUGGGAAACUAACGCUCCGUGCCAGUGGUACUUAUUGACAG